UGGAUACCCAUUUUUAGUGCUGUGGUAUAGCCUGGACUUCGGGCCUCCGUACCGCAUUAUCUCGUCCGAGAGUGGUUGGACCACAUCUGCGAUGAUUGCUAGCGAAUCGGUCAAAUGCGCAGCAUAUGGUUUACUUCAUGACGUAGCCUCUCAAAGAUUUUAUGAAAGGCGAACGGCGCUCAUCUACUCGAAGUUUGUGGGACAGUAUACUAAUAUCAAUGACAGUUAAUUUUCGAUGUGCAAGUCUCGCAGGAUAGAACCGGAAUAUUCGUGGCUGCGAGACCGCUUACUCCAAUAGGGAUCGUCUCGGGCGAAAGGUGUGGACCUCGUACGAGAUGUAUCGCUUAUCACAUCGCGCGACUAAUACUACGUGAUUUCACAUCUCGGUGGCAGCGUGAAUUCUAGAUUAACUAGACUCUGACAACGAAAACAUUUCAAAAUGGGGCUAUGAGGCGAGAUGAGGCAAGCUGAGGCAAGCACCGAAUUUUCUCGGCUUGUCUAAUAUCUGUAUAUAUCCAUUCCGAGCGUAUCAUUUUUGUAAAUCUUUUUUUCUGAUUAUUUGUGAGGAAAAUAGUAAAUCAUGUCUCAUAGAAGCGAAAAUGGGAUCCAUUCGGAUAUUUUCUUUGACGUUCAGCCGCGAUGGUCUAAGAUUACCACAUCCUCAGGUGCCUCUUUGCCUGCUCCGACUGUCUUUACAGGACGUCCACUAAGAGGAACUCUGGUUAUCUCUCACGACAAAAGGCAGGAGGAGGUCUUCGAUGUUGUACAGCUCACCCUUCAAGGAGAAGUGCAGAGUAUUAUUAGACUAUCAAGCGGUUCUUACUGCAAAAUCAAGAAGCCUCUGAUUCUCAUGUCAUCCGUCAAAGUGGCAAAUGAAUUCGAACAAAUUGAUGCUGAAGAUCCUCAUACGGUGACAUAUCAGACCGAGUUUUUCUUCGAUAUUCCUGACUUUACGACAUUGCCAUCGUCACAUGGAAACAACACACCAAAGAGGUUACCACCUUCGAUGCGUGUCGUCAAAUCUAAUUUUAUAUCUGCUGCCACUGCAGAAAUCCACAACAGCGGCUCAAUCGCAGGUACCUGUGAUGUUACAUACAAAAUCGCGGCUUGCGUCUUCGCAGGUGGACGACUAAAAAGCGACGCGAGUCGAGAAAUUAUAUUAAUGCCAAUCGAAGAUAAACCGCCCCCGCUAGAGCCCGAAGAUUUCGGGAAGGAAUAUCGACUUGUUGGUGCAACUUCCUUGAGGCCGUCCUGGGGAUUAAGAAAAAGUUUGAUGGUCGUCGUAUCGUCUAUGGAGCCUCGGCCUUUAACAUUUUCCAACCGCGAAGAAGGCUGCGAGAGUACCGAGGUGCUGCUCCACCUCAAAACCGAGGGAUUAUCGGACGGAAGUAGUGAAAGAGCCUUCGUAGAGUCUCACCUGACUGACUGCGAGGUUCAGAUAAAUCUAGAAGCAGUGACAUAUUUUUCAGCGGAAGAGCAAAAGGCAGUUAUGUCAAUGGCAGAGGCACUGCGAUCUCCGUCGGUUGUGUUGAAGAAGACAAAGUACGCAACAAAUAGGAAAAAAUUGCGCCUCGAGAGAUGGAUGAAAGGACGUGAGAUAGCACCUGGGAUUUUCGAAUGGGAAACAACAGUCUCGGUGACUACCAUCCUCCCUACGAGUUUUUCUCGCCUUCCUUCAUUCUUCACCAGCUUAGUAGCGAGAAGAUAUGCGUUUGAUGUACAGAUAACGUUUGGACAUUGGUCUGGCAUUAAUGUCUUUCAUAAGCCGAUAAAACUUCGGAUUCCACUGCAGAUAGUGCAUUUUACAGCUGGAAAGUUCCUAGGUCACUCUCUAGAAGAUGAUGAUCUAGACGCUCCGGUAUAUGUAUCAUAAAGAGAGAUUAGAGCCUUUUUUUAUUGCAAAACGACCUCAGACAAGA